AUGAACAUCUCGCUAAUCGCCGAUACAGCUACCAUAGCUGCACAACAAACCCUAUGUUCUGGAAACUCGCUGCUCCUCCAUCGCCAAAACUGCAUCAACCUCGCAGAUCAAUCCUCCCAAAUCUGCGCCGCCAUUGUCGAUGCCUUGGCCUCGCCCCCUGUCAAAUCCAAGACCUCCCGUCGCACCAUCCUCCGGAAACGGCGGCGGACCAGGAGUAGAUCGAAAACUUAUGGAGAUGCCGGCGAUUGGGGAGAGGAGUAUGGUUUUUUUGGCGGUGGAGGCGUCUGGGGCGGUUUUGGUGGCGGCGGCAGGGGGUGGAUUUUCGAUAAAUUCGGAGGGCAUGAUUGGGAUGAAUCUUCGGGGUGGUUUUCCUCGCGGUCUUCGGAUUUUGCUUACGGGUUUGUUUAUGAGGUGAUGUAUUGGAUUGCCUUGUAG